UUCUCCGAAGGACACAGAGACUGGCGGAAAUUCGUGCAACACCUACAAUGAAAUCGUGACAUUUAUCGUGUAACAGUCUGGUUUUAUCCGUUUUCCGACCAAAUUUCAGCCCGAUCUAGAUCGAAAAGGUUUCUGAGGGGUUCAUAGAAGUGUUGAGGGCCUGGUUUUGGGGGUAUUUUUCAGGGAAAAACGCCAUGAUCGCCCGCGUUUUGACCGUGUUGGUUGUUUUGGGGUUGGUGAUAGCAGCGGACGCUGGUCGGAAGCUGAACCAGUACAUCCACCAUUUUGAGCCGCUGAACUAUGACACGGCGGAGCUGCACACGCGGCACCAGCGCGCUAAACGCUCGCCGCACCUCCACGAACAGUUCGUACAUCUGGAGUUCCACUCUCACGGCAGACAUUUCAACCUACGGCUGAAGAGAGAUACAUCGAUCUUCUCACCGAACUUUAAACUGGAGACUGAACAUGGAGAGGAAGACUAUGACACUUCCCACAUCUACAGUGGCGGCCUGUAUGGCUACCCUGACACUGUUGCACACGGCAGUAUCAUAGAGGGCAGGUUUGAGGGUUUUGUGCACGCUCACCACGGCAAGUACUACAUCGAGCCAACCGAGCGAUACUUUGAUGGACCACAACGUUUCCACUCUGUCAUAUACAUGGACCAGGAUAUCAAGUAUCCACAUAGGUAUGGUCCGUAUGGUGGAUGUGGGAUGGACCACAAACUCCAGGACUGGAUGGAGGCAGUACAGAACUCUGCUGUGGAAGAGAACAAGAACUCCUCUGCACCACACAAGGAUGAGAAGAAAGAAACCGUGCAACAGUCCAGGAAGAAGAGGGCUCUGGGUUCAACGAACCCAGAAGUUCUUCAAAGGGGUUCCUGUGAGAUGUACAUCCAGGCAGACCACAAGUUCUUCGAGUACUUCCAGACUCGGGAUGCUGUCAUUGGACAGAUUUCCUCUCACAUCAAGGCGAUAAACCUCAUCUACAAGGACGUCGUCUUCGCUGACUCCAACAGCAACGGAAUCACAGGGGUGACCUUCACAGUACGCAGAGUCAAGGUGAAUGAGACCUCGGGAUGUUCAGACCCGGGCGGUACCUCGUGUAGGAACCCCUUUGCUCCAGACAACAUCGGUGUGGAGCGUUUCCUGGAGAUCAACUCGGAAGCGAACCAUGACGACUACUGUCUGGCGUACGUCUUCACGGACAGAGACUUCGACGAUGGUGUGCUCGGACUGGCCUGGGUCGGGUCAGCGUCAGGGAGCUCUGGUGGAAUUUGUGAGAACUACAAGAAGUACUCAGACGGGAAGUACAAGUCUCUGAACACAGGAAUCGUGACCAUUCACAACUACGGCAGCCGUGUGCCCCCCAAAGUCUCCUACAUCACCUUCGCUCACGAAGUCGGACACAACUUUGGCUCUCCACACGACACCAAAGACUGCGCCCCUGGUGGAGAAGACGGUAACUUCAUCAUGUACGCCCGCGCUACGUCUGGAGACAAGACCAACAACAACAAGUUCUCAGCCUGUAGCAAGGGCAGCAUCUACCGAGUCCUGGACGCCAAGAUUGUGGGCAGCUCUAGUACCAGCUGUUUCACAGAAACGAAUGCUGCGAUCUGUGGUAACGGUAUAGUAGAGGAGGGUGAGGAGUGUGACUGUGGUUACCAGGACCACUGUGAGAGAACAGGAGAGGACAACUGUUGUGUACCGGCCGGUAACCCCAACCCCUGUAAACUCAAGCCUGGGAAACAAUGCAGCCCAAGCCAAGGCCCAUGCUGCACAUCCACCUGCAUCCCUAAACCUACAAGUGUGCGAUGUUCCAAGGAAUCAGAGUGUAGUGAUGCAGCCAACUGCGAUGGGACCAACCCUCAGUGCCCCUCCCCACAAGCCAAGGGCAACAAGACAGAGUGCAACAACGGGCGCCAGGUCUGCUGGAGCGGAAUUUGCCAGGGUUCCAUCUGUGAGAAGUUUGACCUUGAAGAGUGUACCUGUAGUCUGAACGACGCUGAGAACAACCGACAGGAGCUGUGUCAUCUGUGCUGUCAGGUGCCAGGACAACCCACGACAUGUAAGAGCAGUAACAGCACAGACUGGCCCAGUCGGUACGAUGAUCUGACCUCUCGUGGCAUCCUCAACAUGCAGCCUGGAGCACCCUGCAACAACUUCCAGGGUUACUGUGACGUGUUCUUCACCUGCCGAGAGGUGGACGCGGAUGGACCGCUGGCCAGGCUGAAAAACGCCAUCUUCAACCCUGAGCUGUACAGGACCAUCGGACAGUGGGUUACGGCGUAUUGGUGGGCAGUGUUGCUGAUGGGACUAGGACUGAUUCUCUUCAUGGUGGGCUUCGUCAAGCUCUGCGCCGUUCACACUCCGAGCAGCAACCCGAAAAAACCGCCACCACGACCCAUGAGCCUCCGUCGCCAGAAACGCCCGCAGCAGGGUCAAGGUCAGCGACAAGGUCAGGGGCAAGGUCAGGGCGGCAGGAGGGGGGAGCCUCAGGGCCGGGGGCGGACCAACCCCCCUCCGUUCAACCCCGACUUCGUGGAGCUACAACAGAACCCGCGCUACGUACGCCACUGAUACCAACGUGGGCCUAACUUCUGUCUUGACAUUUUUUUCUGUACCAGCAAGUCAUCAAAACAUACUACACCUGCAUGAAACCCGUAAUGUAUUAUACAUAGCCGUUCGGCAGAAUAUCUUGUUUAAGGUUGUAUUUGCAUACUCAAGAAUGAAAUCCUGUCUAUAGUUUUCAAAUGUUGUCUUGUAAAAGAUAUGGUCUGCAAUGGCAAACUUCUGAUGCAACAUUGACCAAACCUCCAACAAAAACCCAGGUUUCGCGCAGGCGCAGUAUGUUCUGCUGACAUGCUUUCUGUUCAGAGUUUUCUUCAAGUAGAUUCUAGUGGGCCUCAUGGCAUUACUUAUUAGGGACACAAGAAUGAGAUUAUUUUCACUUUCACUGGAAACUGAAUUUUGUUUCACUUUCUCACAUCUCUUCCUGACUCUCUUCUCACAAGAAGCAGUUUCAAACAAGACAUUUUCUUUGUGUGUAAAUAGCGUUUGUAGAACUACAGGAAAAAUGAACUUGUUGUAUAUCUUAGUGCAGUCUUUUAAAAAGCACACUCAAUAAUGUGGAUGCAGUGAGCAGUGUGUUGUAGACAGUUUGUAGUGUAUGGACUGGGAACUUUCCUUCCACAAUCUUGCAUGAGGCCACGCCAAUUAAUUUCCUUGGUUCUUGGACAUUUGAAGCAAAAUUUAGCAUGUCUUAACAUGAUGAAAACACAGGACUAGGGGGAAAACUUGCAUCUGACUAUAUUUGUUCCCUGAAACUUUCUGUAUCAAGGUACAGACUUUGCAUUUAGUACACAAUCUUUUUUUCCCCUUCUUUGACAGCCGAAAUGUCACAGUAGAGAAAAAAAUAGUCUAGAAACAAAAUUGCUUAACCAACCUGAUGAAACUAUUUACCCUGCAUUUCAGGAAGUUUUCUAAGAGAGCCAACAAAUUAAAUUGGUGUGGCCUUAUGACAUUAUUUCACUAAAAGGGGCCCAGGGAAAUACAGACAUGUAGUUUCAAGCUGUUUUAAACUUUGAGAUAUUUUUCGGAAAAGCUUUGCAGUUAACAGGAUCGGCAUGAGAUUUUAAACAGGGUUAGAAAUGCCUUCGUGCAACCAAGGUUGCUUCCUGGGUAACCAAAAGUCAAAAUUCAGGUUUCCCAGUGCUGAAUACAUUGUACAGUUUCACUUGCAGUCAUCCAACAAAUUAAAAUGUUCUU